AUGUCACAGAGGGACCAGCGCGCCGCUAUGCUGCUUGAACAAGGGCGCAGGCAGAAGGCAGAGCUCGAGCGCCUGGUCAAAAAGAGUUUUGCUCACUCUUCAUCAUCUGGCAACACCACCAACACCUCUCGAGCCGGUCGAAUGCAUCCAAAAGAUGCGAGCGCAAAGUUGUUGCAUCCAGAAGUUGACUUUGCCCGCAAAAAUGUCCGCAACACUUGGCUCAACCUGCUCUUCACGUGCACCUUUACUCGCGAGGCGCAGUCGGUGGAUGCAUACAUAUGGUCCGACACUUGCUACAACCUCAUCACUGCCUACCGCUCCUACAUCUCAGCUGCACAGAAGGCCAUUGACCCUGCUGUUCAGCCACCAUCGCGACGGGCAAAGUCCGCUCCAGAUGUAGCGCGUGCCAAGUCGGAAUACCGCACUUUCUUGCUCGACGAGGAGCUGUUCUGGCAUGAGUUGGUCGGCAGGCUUGUCCGACUCUUUUCUCUUGAUGAAGCACGAUCAAGCCUCGAAGUGCUCGGCAUCGACGCCGACAAGGACGCCGAUGAAUCCGUUUCAUCCUCGAUGCCGCCCGAUUCGUACGCAUCGCGUGCCACACGUCAGACCAACGAGCCAGACGAGAGUCUGUCUCAAGCUGCUUUACUACCAGCCAAGCGCAUCCACCUCACCAUGCUGCUUCACAAAUUCCUCGUCUUUUGCGGCGAUCUAGCCAGAUACCGCGAAAUGUCGUCACGCGAUAACGACAUUGGCAUACCCGGCGCCAAAACCGGCAAAAGCUCGCCCAAACACGACUUCAGCCGUGCGCGUGCCUUUUACGAACAAUCGCGCCUCAUCUUGCCAGAUCAAGGCCAGCCGUCCAACCAGCUUGCUGUAGUAUCGCUAUACAAUGCCGACACUUUUUCUGCGCUCUACUACUAUUACCGAGCGCUUUGCGUCAAGACGCCUUUCGUCAAAGCCAAGAUCAAUCUCGAGAAGCUUCUGUCAAAGCCUACUUCCACAUACCUAAAAGAGGCGGCACGAUCCGACGAUGGCGGUGACAUACACUGGGAUGCAGCCAAAGACCAUCGAGCGCGCGAUGCGCAGCUGGUAACGCAGCUUUCCAACAGCCUAGAGCAGGCUCAGCAGCUGACCGAAGCAUGGACCGAACAGGUGAUUGUGCUGCACGGCUUAUUCUACCAACGCAGUCAUCUCGAACACAUCACGUACCUAUCCAGUUCAGUGCUCGCCACUUUCUCCACAUUGAUCCGUGCACGAGCUCUGCGUGCCGAUCAGAUCGUGCAGUUUCUCGUAAUUGCACUUUGCGCAUCGUGGACGACACGGCUCUGGCGCGGUGCUCCUACCUUCUCUAGCAGAAGAGAAUCGCCACGGCCGCCUUCCGACGGUUCCGAAGAUCGACAUCGUCCAAGGGCGGUUCGUGGCGAGCGUUCGUCCAAGAAACGCGCACCGUCGCCCGAAACGAGUCGUUGUGUCGAGUUCCUGGUCACAGCACACGUACUUGGCGUUUUCAGUGAGCUGACGGCAACAGACACGCUCGAAACUCGACAGGCCCUGGAAGCCCAUGGCGAACUUGCGACAGCGCUUCGGCAGGCAGAUGGGCCGUCAGCUCCCACACGUAAUUUGACGGCUGUCGUGCGAAGGACGCUACCGGCGCUGCGCAUUGUGACAAAGUGGACCAAGACGCAUCUCGAGUACUUGCAGCGCAUCGAAAAGCGAGCUCGAGACGCCAUACAACGAUACGGUGACACGGAUCCUGACGUGGUGCGCUCGGAUAUGGAGGUGCUGCCGGCUUCUGAGCGACCGGAUCAGCAUCACGUCGCUUACGCAAGUACGCUGUCUUCGACGGACCGAUGCUGGUCGCAGUAUGUCGACCUGAUCAACAGCCUUCGUUAUGCUUUCCCGUUCGAGUCUCUACCCAACAUUGGCAAGGUGGGCUCGGUUGGUGCGCCAGCACUCUGUCUAGAGGAGGACUUGGACAUGCGAGGCUUUGCACCUACGCGCAAAGCUACUAAGUCGACCAUCCCCGGUGGCACCACGGUCAACGUCGGGAUGGGCGAGGCGUGUGCCAACAUGGAAACGGUCAGACCGAGCCAAGUGCAUCCGAACGAGGAGCAGCUGAUGCGCAUUGCCGACCUGAUGAUUGACGCCAAGGUGAUUGCCGAGUCGGACGCAAGCCCGAUCCAUUUUGACGAUAUCAACAACGUGUUUGUCUUUGAGCGACAGAGGUCGACGACAACUGCAGGCAAUAGCGCUUCGGCCAGCGCGGGUGCUUCUACGACACAGACGGUCCGACCAGUGUCGAUCGAUGAUCCAGUCGAGGCGGCUAUGCGUGCUGCGAUGGAUCAUGCAUCGAAGCCAAGCGGGGACACGGAUGUUGACGGGAUCGAGGAGUCGAUGCGUAGUAUCCAUGUGCGAGAGAAUGGCGCCACGACCGAGACUGGUGCCAAGACAGGAGCCGAACGGCUGCUGGUGCCGUCGCAAGUUAAGCACAAGACGUACCAUAGCAACGAUGAUCUGGCUCGCCACUUAUUCUCCGCAUAUCCGCUCGCGUCGCAGUCACCGUCGGGAUCAGGCUCGAGCCAAUUGUUGGCUUCCAGCUCCCAUCCUUCCUCCUCAAUGCACGGCGCUUCUGCGAAUCCCCAAGAUGGCUUUCUUCCCAUGCCUUCAACACAGAAGGGGAUCGGGCAGGUAGGAGCAGGCCAUGGCGGCAAUUACCUGGGCUCAGGAGCAAGCAGCCAUUUACUUGCAAACGGAGCGCCGAUCAGCUCCAUCUGGGCACCGCCCAACGCGUCCGAGUUUGGCGGGGGCGUAUCGAACCUGCCGCCUCACCUGCAACAGUAUGCAAGCCGAUCGCACACUUCCACCUCGGAGCUGGACCAACACGCAUUGCAACAUCAGCAGCAUCAGGCGUACCAGCAGCAGCCACACUGGCAAAACGCUGGGCAUUUGCUGCAGCAGCAGCAGCAACACAGCCGUUUUGCAGAGGUCUACAGUAACACGACGCCCGAUCCGUUCAACCUCCACGGUUUCGGCGGGGCCCAUUUGCAGCAGCCUUACCAGCCCCUGCAGCAUUAUCAAAGCUCGUACUCGCCGUCGCCUUUGCAGCAAUCACAGCAGCAGCGUAUGACGCCUCAGCCUGGAAACGCGCAUGGUGAUCGAUUUGGAUUUGGAGCUGGCCAAGAUCUGUACUAUCCAGGAUCCACUGGAGGUGGCGACUCGUAUCCGCCUCGCUUUUCGUAA